GCCGCCCGAGGCCGGGCCCGAGGGUGCGGGGCGGCGCCUCUCUGUCGCUCUGCCCGCCGAGAGCGCUCGACCGUGAGCCCUGCCCCGCCCGGUGUCCCGGGCCGUCCUUACCUUCGUCCCCUCCCGCCAGGCCCGACGGCGGAGCGCGCAGGUGGUGGAGACAUGUGGAGGUGACGUUGCGCGCAGAGCCCGGGGGAGCACACGCCCGCGGCGGGGAUGGAAGCAGAGAGUCUGGCCUGGCUGCUGGCGCCGCUGCACCGCCUGGUGUCCUGGGGGGCGGCCGGGGCCAUGGUCUUCGGCGGGGUGGUGCCCUACAUCCCUCAGUACCGCCAGAUCCGCCGGACGCAGAGCGCAGAGGGCUUUUCCACCUACGUGUGCCUGGUGCUGCUGGUGGCCAACAUCCUGCGGAUCCUCUUCUGGUUCGGAAGGCGUUUUGAGUCCCCACUCCUGUGGCAGAGCAUUAUCAUGAUCUUGACCAUGUUACUGAUGUUGAAACUCUGUACUGAAGUCCGCGUGGCGAAUGAACUGAACAUAAAACGCCGCUCGUUUGCAGCAUCAAGAUGGUGCUCAUGUGGACCAGCGGAGACACCUUCAAGACGGCCUACUUCCUGCUCAAGGGUGCACCUCUGCAGUUUUCUGUCUGUGGCCUCCUGCAGGUGCUGGUGGACCUGGCCAUCCUGGGCCAGGCCUAUGCCUUUGCCCGCCGCCCUCAGAAGCCGGCACCCCAUGCUGCUCACCCUGCCAGUGCCAAGGCCCUCUGAGGCUGCCAGGGAGGAUUCUGCUGUGGGACUAGGCAGCAGGCAGGCCUACAAGGGACCAGCUGGGUCUUGGUGUAGGGUGCAGGCUGACCAGAGGGUGGUGGGCCCAUCUAAGAGGACAGGAAGAGCCAGUGCCCACCAGUACUGUGUUGAGUGGUCCUCAGUGUCAUGCUGGUACCUGUCUCAGCCCAAGACUGGCAUCUUGGGUGAGGGCAAGAGGCUAUAGCCUGGUUGGGGGGGUGGCACAGAUUGCGGGAGCAGAACAUUGUAGGUGGCCGGCAGCACCUGGAGUGUGGUCCACCUCUUCUGCCCUUGUCAGCACUCCUGUCACUCAGGCUGUGCUGGCUGCCACAUUUGACCCAGCUGCUGUCACCUGUACUGCACAGGGAGGUGUCUGUCCAGAGACACUGGCUUGCGUGCAGCGUUGGCCCCUCAGCUGGCUGAGUUGACUGUGCUGGCUGCCACAUUUGACCCAGCUGCCGUCCCCUGCACUGCACAGGGAGGUGUGUCUGUCCAGGGAGACAUGAUUUGUA